AUGUUGAAGUAUGGUAUUGUUUGCUUGCUACUCAUUUUCGGAAUUGUAAGCGUUGCAGCAAAUUGUCCAGCCGGUUUCAUCCAGAACCUAGAAAGGUGUUAUAAAUUCUUUACCAACACUUUUACAUGGCCCGAGGCUGUAUCGUUCUGCGGUGCAUUCAAUACACGUAUUCUUACCAUAAGCGACGAUGCGGAAAUGACAUUCAUAAGGAACAAGGCGAAUGAGACAGGAGGCUAUGGGUUUUGGACGGGGGGCUCCGACGCACUUGAUCAGAACGAGUGGAUAUGGGCGCAGACAGGAGAGAUGUUGACACUGACCGGCAAAUGGGCUCCAGGUGAACCAGACCAGAGCAGCGGUAAAGAUUGUCUGGGAUUAUGGGGUGAACACGACUUCCUCUUUGGAGCUUGGGACUGCACCGCUCUACUACAGCCUAUUUGUGAAGUCAGUAUUGAGGAAACACAGAUUUUCGGAUAG